AAGAGUGUAUGAAUGUCAAUCAAAGAAACAAUAGAUACUAGGGAUAUGUUGAGUUCUUUCAUUUUAGCUUGACAAUGAAUGGGAAACCACAAAGUAAUAGGCAAACACAGUAAACUAUAGUAAGACCAGACACUAUUUCCUGUUGUUGGUCACAAGUGAAACCACAGGUGAUGCAUUCCAGAGCUGUGUGGGCGGACCUGUCAGGGACAUUGUUGUGGUGCAGGGGCAAAUAUGCUACAGUUUUGCUGCUUAUCAUUCUACCAGUGGUACUGACUCAGGAAACCAUUCCAGUGUUGGAGGGUGGCUCCAUCAGCCUUCCCUGUGAACUCUCUUGUGAUGACCAAAAUUGUCUGUUGUGGACCUACAAGGGACCAGAUGAUGCGAGUUUCCAGAUCGGCAGCUGUUCAGGGGAGUGUGGAAGUUGUAGCACAGACUGUCCACUUACUUGGGCAGAGCCAUGUUCGGAGCAAGCAGCAAUCUAUUUCCAGGACACAAGAAGGUCAUGUUCAGCAAUCUACCAAUGUCAGGUCUAUGAAGGAAGCACCCAGCCGUAUGGGGUCCAGCUGGAUGUGUACUAUGCGCACUAA